AUGAUAUGGCUUGGCGGCCUCGUCGUGCAGUUCCCUCUCACGACGGUCAAGAUCGCGCUGCUUCUCUUCUGCAAACGGGUCUUCCAAACGCCAGUCUUCAAGAAAUGCGCCUGGACAGCGAUCGGAGUUGUUUCCAUCUGGGGCGUACUGUUCUUCCUUCUCGUAUUAGUGCAGAUCGAAGCGAUAUCGUUAUCAGAUAUGUUCAAGUCCAAACUACGAUUCGACUCCACGGCCAUGGGCAUCGCGCAAGUCGGCACUAGUAUUGCUCUCGAUUUUGUGGUACUCUGUUUCCCGCUGCCUGUUAUAUCGAGGUUGCAGAUGGGCCGAAACCGCAAGUGGGCAGUUGCUUUGAUAUUCUGGCUCGGGAUCUUCUGUGUCCUUGCCGCUAUAGUGCGACUGGUUCUCCUUGAGAAGUCACUGGGCAAGGUUGAUGUAGACUUCAAGCUGGUCUACUUGCAAGACGAGAUCUUCAUCUUCAAGGUUAUCGAGCCAAAUGCCUCCAUUAUCGCAGCUUUAAGUCUCACCAACCCGAGUUCAAUAUUUAUGCAUCUCAUUAAGCAGUCUUAUAUUCAUGAAACGAACAGACAAAGUUUUGAUAUAGAAAAGUAG